AUGAUAGAACAUGAUUCCUAUAUAUUCAAACAUGACCGACAAACAAAUACAAGUGUAAACGUUGGAUGCCAAAAUUCCACAAUGUUUGAAUUCAAACGCCAAAAGGAGGGAGCGGAUUAUUAUUUUAAUUUCACUAAAGGUGCCCUGGAAGUAGCAAAAAACAGAGAGGAGUGGAUGUAGCAAUUACUGAUUGAUUGAUUGUACCAACAGUGACAAUAAUGCUGAGCUGAUGGAUGGAUAGAUGGAUACUUCGCUCCAGCCAUUACAGCACAUCCACUUGUUUCCCUCGAUCAAUCAAUCUCUCUCUUCUCCUUUGGAAGGCGAUAUCUGUAGCACCUGCUCGAGAGUCUCCUCGCACUACGUCUCAUCUUCUUUGCCUUUUCCGAAUCUUCCGUCGUUUUCUCGGAGUUUCUUGGCGUUUCCCGGAAAUUUCUGGGGAAUUUUGUGUUACGAGUCGGACCCGAGCGUGUUUUGAUUAAACAGAGGGUUUUUUUUUUUUGGAUUUUAAGUGAAGGGUCACCGGGAGAAGGAGAUGGAAUCGCGUAAUGAUCAGAAUCUCCAUGGUCGGAAACAGGAAGCUGGCACGGCGACGGCGGCGCUGCACCUGAGCUCCGCCGAAAACCUACCACCGCAGCGAUCACUAGUGUCCUUCAUGGGCUCCGUCUCCGGCCAAAACGUCGCCGCCGCCUCCUCCGCCGUUUCCACAUCCACCACUUCGAGUUCCACCAAUACGAGCUCCGGCGGCUCUCUGACAGUCGUCAAAUCGGCUGCCAAGAAGCCAUCCAAGGACAGACACACCAAAGUCGACGGCAGGGGACGGAGAAUCCGCAUGCCGGCCAUGUGCGCGGCGAGGGUGUUUCAGCUCACGAGGGAAUUAGGGCACAAAUCCGACGGAGAGACAAUCGAGUGGCUUCUCCAGCAGGCGGAGCCCGCAAUCAUCGCCGCCACCGGCACCGGAACCAUCCCGGCGAAUUUCUCCACACUCAGCGUCUCCCUCCGCAGCAGUGGCACCACGAUCUCCGCGUCGCCGUCGAAAUCCGCCCCACUCUCCUUCCAUAGCGCUGGAUUGUCUCUCUACGACGACCUCAACGCCACUAACGGCUCAUCGGUCGCGGCGGUGGAUGCUUCUAGAAAGUUACUAAACGCAGCGGCCCAGAACGCUACCGUGUUCGGCUUCCACCACCAGAUUUACCCGCCAAUUCUCUCAGACGCUUCCAUGAGAAAUAUGACCGAUUUGACAAAACCAUACAGGGAAGACCUCUUCAAGGAAUCGAGCGUCGCCGCGGACCCAAGCGGGAGCUCACCCAAAACGGGUCGGACCCAGGAGCCGGAGACGGGUCAGGGGCGUGCGACGGCAAAUUUCAUGCCGCAGCCAAUGUGGGCGGUGGCUCCGGCGACCACGAACGGCGGUGGCACGUUCUGGAUGCUUCCGAUGGGAGGGAGUGGAGGGGGAGCGGUGCAGGAGCAGCAGCAGCAGCAGCAUAUGUGGGCGUUCGAUGCGGGUCAUUACUCGGGUUCGGGUCGGGCAGGGUCGAUGAUGUCAAUUGGGGGUCAACAGCUAGGGUUGGGAGUGACGGAGAGCAACAUGGCGGCAAUCGGCGGCGGUAGGGGCGGUUUGGCGAUGACUCUGGAUCAGCAUCAACAGCAGCAACACCAAACGCAACGCGGUGAGAGCGGUGGUGAUGGAAACGCUACUGAUAAUUCCUGAUUAUAAAUUAUACUCAACAUGUUUUGGCGAUUGCGAUUGAGGUCAGUAGACGCAGGUAGACACAAAUGGGGACUCCAAUAGCAGUUAGUGACAGAAUUUGGGGUUUCGGUCGGUAGAUUGGGUUGCGGUUGGUGGUUGGAAGGCGUGAUUGGGUGAUUCACAACCAGUGACGGAUGCCUCUGCGCCCUGCGCUUGGGUGCACUUCCUCCUUAAUCCAGCUUUUUUGUGUGUUACGUGGAUUUAGUUGUUUCGUUUUUUCCCCCCCUUUUUUUGUGUGUUUUGGUGAAGAUGUGAAUAUAUGUGGAAUCAUUCAAGGGUUUGGUGAGAUUUGUAAGAAACAAAAGUUUCCUUGGGUUUUCUUUUGAUAUUAAUAUAAAACACAUCAAACUA